CAUCGUUCUUUCUCGCAAUUUACCGUCGAAGACGCCAUUAUCGUUCUCCGAGACAGGGGCCGAGAUUUGGGCAAUAGUUCGAGUUUUGCAGCGCCAAACAUCACCAACACGUGUUUGAAGGUAUUUCUUUCUAUCAGGCACGCGUAUGAAUGAAAAAAGUCAUGGAAAAUGGUCACAUGUACACAGAGAAUGACAACAGAAGAGAACAGCAGUGAUGGAUUGACUUCUGUGUCCACAGCACCACUGGUAGUAGAACACAUGCCACUCACCAUUAGCCAGCUAACAGACAAUUCUCAGCCUGAGGGGGUCAUGGCUUCAGAUAGUGUUCUCACCAUUGCAGUGGAUACAAAUAAUUCUGUACUUCAGGAAUCAUUCUCAGGCAGUGAUCAGGACACUAAAGAAGAACCUCCUAGCAAGAGGACAAGAUAUGACACAGGGAAUGGAGAGUUAUCACAGGACCAGUCUAUCAAGAGUCUCUUGUUUACAAUAAACAAAGCCAUCUGCAUGCGGUUGGAUGGGAUCGAGAACAGUAUAGAAAUUCUGAAUGGUCGAACUAAGUUUCUGGAAAAAAUUAGAGGAAUUGAUUGGCCAUGUAAAGGAGAAUUCUACCACAGACCACAGUACCACGCAAACAACUCCAAGUGUUGGAUCUAUAGUACAAGCACAAACCAAGGG